AUGGUGUCUCGGGAGCAGAAGGCAAGCUGGGCAGCCGAGCAGAUAGCCCUUGCGAAGCUGCGUGUGGAGGAGGACUGCUUGGAUUGGAGCAUCAGCCAGGAAAAACAUGGUUUCCCAGGUCUUUCUCGCGUGGGUGGUGUGGAUGUGUCGUUCUUUGCAGAUGGAACCUAUGCGAUUGCAGCUGUGGUGGUGCUUAGCUUUCCCAGCUUGAAGGUGAUUUACGAGCGCAGUGCUGCUUUUCGGCUAUCUGUUCCUUACGUGCCUGGUUUCCUGGCCAUGCGCGAGGUGCCUGCAUUGAGUAAGCUGUUCCAGGACGUCCCGGCAGAUGUUGUACCGCAAGUCGUCCUUGUGGAUGGCAAUGGCGCUUUCCACCCUCGCCAGUGCGGGGCAGCUACCCAUCUUGGGCUUUCGAUCGGCUUACCAACGAUUGGUGUUGCCAAGGAUGUACAACAAGUGGGCCAAGUGAAUUCAUCCACAGCAAGGCGCCUGGCAACAACCCUGUCUCAUCCCGGACAGUGGGCUCCCCUUUGCAGCGUGGCAGCUCUACUAAAGACCAAAGGCAAAUGCCUCGUGGUCAGCCCUGGGCACCGCAUCAGCUUGCAAACAGCUGUAGCGCUUGCGUCCCAUCUUUGCCACCAUAAUUUGCCGGAGCCCAUUCGACAGGCAGAUCUGCGUAGCCGACAGGCAGUGCGAGCAUGGUAUGCGGGCGUCGAGUUUGAGUACUUGGUGGCUCCUCGGCUGAGCCAUUUGGAACAGAUGCUGGAGAUCAUGUCCAGAGAAACAUGCCACAGUCCAGCAGAAUGCCGAAGCGCCCCAAAGUCGCGGCCCAAGUGGGUCAUCAAGGAGCAGCCCAGGAAGUACUCUGAGGGAGACAUUGCGUCCUCGACUGCAGCACCCAGCGAGACGGAGGAAGCCCAGGAACUGCAGGAGAAUGUUUCCGGUGCUUCCUGGACUGGGCUAUUAUUUGGUUGGCUUUGCGUGUGCUUCACCAGGUAG